AUGCCCUCUCGAUUUUACGCUGUUUUCGAUUCCAAAUCGAAGCAAUUCGUGACAAGCAGUGAAUCGAGAUCAUCAAGAUGGGAUGAAAACGAUGAUAAUGAAGCAGCAUCAAUAUCAAUGCCAUAUUAUGAAGGGACUGCUCAACAAAUCUUACCUGAAAAAGGCGCGAAAGUUGCAUUAUUUAACUCGCUUACUGAGAAGCUAAGAACCAGAUCGUCGACUUCGUUUGGGUCAGAUCAAAGACUAGAAUCUGUCAUUUCCAGAAUACCUGAUACUGAGACUUCAAAUCGGUUCAACUCAGGGUUUAAAAUAUCUGUAAUCGAUAGUGACGCAGUUAUCAAACCACGGAAACUUUACUCACUACUGCUUUAG